ACGGAUCGGGCAGUGGUAGGGAACUUGCAGGGAGCAGCCAGGUUGCCUGGGCAGGCGACGGAGGCGAGGUUCCCCAGCACUUUGAUCGUGACCGAGACCAGCCAGCGAGCACGGAGAGCGCCAUACAACAACAACAACAAUUGCAUGCGGCGAGGGAGACAAAAGGCAACAUUAAUGCCUGGGCAACUGCAGAUAUUCGUGUCCCAGAAAUUGCCCACUUUUGGAAAGGCGGAGAACGGUGUCAAGAUGGCUUUGGGAGGACCACGCAAUUACAAGCCCGUGUCUCGACAGGACCUGCUGUACGAGGAGGUGGUCUACUCCACCAUCCACCAGCUGAACGUGUCUCAGGCCGACGCAUCUCACCUCCUGGGCUUCCUCCAGCAGGUGUUCGGUAAGAGCCCGUCGGAGCACCUGGCCCUGGUGCAGCGUGUGCGGGAGAUGGCAAAGCCGCCCGUCCACAUGCUGAAGGUCACCGUGUUUGAGGCCACUGACCUGACGCCCAAAAAUUUGGACGGCUCCAGCAAUCCGUACUGCACCGUGGGCCUGGCGCUGGGCGCCGACGCCGAGCGCUGCAACCGCGAGUUCUCCUCCUCCGAGUCGCUCCUCGAGAGGCUCCCCGACCGCACAGACACGAUGCUGCAGACGCUCAACCCCGUGUGGGACGCCGUCUUUCACAUGCGGAUCGAUGAUGUGAAGACCGAUGUCCUGACGCUGUGUGUGUGGAACGAGCACAACGACUCCUCCCUCAUGCAGGACAUCUCCAAGAUCUCCUCGUGGCAGGGCGCCAAGACAUUGAGCAAGAAAGUUGUCAAGAAGCUGAAGCGGUUGAGUUUCACCGAGGGACUCAUAAAGCCAAAGCAAGAGGCCGACUUCCUGGGCCUUCUCAACCUCCCCGUGCGGGACCUCGGCGCCCCGUACCACGCUGGCACCUACCGGCUGCUGCCACGCUCCAGCCGCUCCCACGUGACGGGAGAGUGCCGGCUGCACAGCGCCUUCCUCACCUGCCAGAGGGACAGCGCGCUGAGCCGGGAAGGGCUCGAGAGGGGCGCCUACGAGCACCUGCUCAACGAGUUUGUGGAGUACGAGCACAGCCUCACGAGUGGGCUGUGGUCGGGUGAGCUGGGAGAAGAUGCCAUGGCAGUGCUUUCCCAACAUGCAACGCAGGUUGACCUUUCACCCCUGGAGCAGGCCAUCAUGUGGUGGUUUGUGUACAGCGACCACCACAGCAGCAGCCCCAUGUUGCCCGAUUGCCUGAUGCAGCUGCUCAAAACCCUGGAGGAGAAGUGGACGCUGUCGGAACAAGGUCGCAGCAGGCUGCUACCGGACCAGGGACCGCGGCUCCAAGACAGUUUCGUGAAGCUCAUCUCGCAGAACCUGUGUGCGCUCCGAGAGCUGCACGGCAACUUCCCCCUCACAGACCCCGCGUCGCUGCCAAGUCUGCGCGACCUCCUGAGGUUCCUGAUACAUCUGUUUGGAUCUCCGCUGUAUGAAAAGGAGCCCAGACAGCUUGGAGAGCCACACGGAGAGCUACAGGCCACAGUGGGGACAGCUCUGGAGGAAGCGUCUGAACUCUGGUACAACAAGAAGAAAGAGCCGUUCCAUGCACUGGAGGGAGCCCAGGAGCAGGUGCUGGCCUACACUCGGCUGUGCGAGAUCAUCUGGACAGAGCUCAAGGAGAACGUGCCCAAGUACAGCCACGCCUUCGUCAGUUUGGUGGACGUCAGCUUUCAGAGUGUCUGGUACCAGAAAAUGGAGAAAAUGCUCGCGUGGGAUGUGCAGACCAUGCUGGGCCAGCUGAGCUCCUCGGAGGACUACCGGCUCGACGGGGAGACGGGAGAGAUGCUGCACAUCUUCCACUCGUCGCUGCACCAGCUCGCCCAGAACGCUGAGAAGCUCGGCCUCCGGGCAAAGAUCCCACCACUCCUAAACGUACAGCAGUGGCUCGGAGAGGCGGUGAGCACAUGGGUCGGCAUGGCUUAUGAGAACAUGAGUUCCUCUAUCCAGUCAAGCGUGCAGAAAGACAAGCUGGAGGCAGAGUCGUGCUCGGUGAAGCACAGCCUCUCGGCGGGGCUGGCCACGUCGUGGUUCACCAACGCCCUCGCCUUCUGGCUGCAGCUCGCCUGGCCCGAGCCGGCACAGAGCCUGCGCAUGCUCGACUCGCUGCUGCAGGACCUGUGCAACGGGGCCGUGUUUUACGUGGCGCAAAUGCGGCAGAAGCUGGAGAACGACUACUGCUACUUCAGCGCCGAGACGAGCAUCCCCCUGCCCAAGCAGGUGUGCACGGGGCUGAACAGCGCGGCGUUUGUGCGCGAGUCGCUGUCGCGGCUGCCGCAGCAACGCGAGUGGCGCGAGGUGGAGCGCGUGGUGCGCGACCUGUGGCGGGACGCCGGCUCCGACCGCUACUACUCGGGCAGCGGGUCGGUGCGCACCAACGGCGACGCGCUCACCUCGCGCCUCGACGUGGCCAACCAAACCAUCCUGUCGCUGCUCGACAAGCUCUUCAACUGGAUCUCCGACCUGCUUUUACUGGACUUCAGAGUGUAUCUGCAAAACAGCGCCAAGCUACAGAACGUGAACACACAUGAUGUUGCUUUGCUGCUGGAUUUUCUCAGAGAGAACAUCUCCGUCCUGUGCCAGCACCUCUACGAGGACACACGCAACGGGCUUCUGCAGGCUCUCUGGGCCUGCUCCCUGCGCCAGUUCUGGGAGGUGGUGAACGUCAGCCAGAAGCAUCCGCUCGAGUACUACGGCCGGCUUCACCAGAUGCUGCAGGUUCUGUUGGAUGUGUUUUAUUCUGACUCUCAGGGCCUUUCACUAAACUCCUUGAAAAAUGCCGAGUACAAGUCUCUUGAGAACCAGCUCUAUUUGAGGAAGUCCAACACCCUGGAGCUGAUUGAAAGAUAUUACCAGGAGAGGGCCGAGGAGCAGCAGGCAGCGGACAGCGCCGGGAACGGGCACGGAAAGUUGAAGACCGGCUGCUCCUACGACGACAAGAGUCAGACGCUCACCGUGGACCUGACGGACGCGUUGGCCAACGCCCCGUCGUGGGCCAACGGCGGGUUGCCCUCGCUGCUCUGCUGGCCUGGCAAGAGCAGCGUGAGGCACUACGUGAAGGUGCUGCUGUGUCCCCGGCACAUCUUCCCGCACGCGCACCCACGCAGGACCCAGCGCAAGAUGCACACGUCUCCAAUCCAGUUCGAAGAGAGCUUCAAGCUAAACGUGACGAUGGAGCAAGCGCGAGCACCUGGGGCCUGCCUGGUGCUGCGUCUGAAGGCCCAGUGCGGCCUUCACAAGGGCCUGCUAGGUGAGGCUGUCCUUGGCUUGCGCAGCGUCGCCGGCCUGGAGGCGCCAGCUCCCGAGAGUCUGCAUUCCGCACGGAGCCAACUCCUGCUGCCCCUCCUGCGCCCAAAGACGCAAGAGAGCGACGCCGUGAAGUUCCUGCAAAGAAGAUGCUCUGAGAAAGAAGGUAAACAGUUUCUGAAAAAGCUCCGGAAGGCGGAGAAGAGAAUACUCUUCUCAACAGAGGACUUGUAGAGGCAACUUGAGAAUGUUACAACGGUGGAUGAGGUGUUUUGUGUACAAUUGUUAUUGUAAUUAUUUGCGCAGGAGUUGACGUAAAAAAUAUAUAUAAUACUGCUUGAGUAGACAAAUAUUGAUGUGAAUUAAAGUGCAUCAGUUCCUUUUCUUCACAACAGAUUUGUUCACAGCACUCUUCUUAAAUAGUUUCCAAUACACGAACGGACCCGAGAGCGUGCUAAUUGAGGUGUUUCAGAAGCUCCAAACUCAUCGUUCAAGCUGGGCUCAGGAUUACUUUGUGUGUUCGCAUUGAGCAUGAAUGUCAUUUCCACGAGUUAACUUGGGGUUGCAAUGUAAUGCCCUCAAAAAUGCACGCGAUAUAGAUUGUUGUCACAUUUCACACGGUGAGGAUGUAAUCGCAGGAACUCGCAUUGUUGCCAAAAUGCACCAGGAAUUGAUAACUCUACAAAUGUAAACAUCUUACAGGUUGAUUUUAACGAUUGAUUAAACGAAUUUUUUAUGUAAAGAUACGGGUUCAGGACCCGAAAGAAAGAAUAUAUUUUUUAAAUCAUCCAAAAAAGUAAUUGAGAGUGAGAUGUUUCUUAAAAUUCAAACCGGAAAAUGUGAACUAGUAAGUUAGCAAUUGAAUACUGUACAAGUUUUUUUAAUUUGUGUUACUUUCGUUAAAGAUGCAUGUAUCAAAACAACUACGCAAUAAUAAUGAUCGAUUAAUUAAAAUGAUUUCCCAAUGUUCCAUUUAUGCUAAUGAAGUAACACAAGCUGUACAAGUAAGACAAUAACACAAGAGAUUACACAAUUUAAAUGGUGAUAACGAGACAAACAAUUGAUUACUAAUUAUUUCAAUAUGAUAUCGAUAUAGCGCCUGAAUUAAGAUUAAAACAACUCUGCAUUAGCUUUCUUAGUGGUAGCUAAAUAUAUCGUAGUGAAAAAAUAAAAGCUUUGGAUCACAUUGUAGGAAUUUUUCCAGAGUCCGUACCAUGAUUCACCUCCUCACCGUUAAUCAAUCUUAACUCUUCAAAUGCAAAUUGAGAGAGGUGGUAGCUUGGGCAGGCCUUCAUCCAGUAGUGGAUCGACCAAGACUGCUGCCGCUUGUGGCUUAUGACUGCUAAACCUCGUCCCAUAUAAAGAUUAUAAAACAACGUAUUCCAUAUGAAAACAUAAGAAUAGAUUUGAACCUUUUUGGCAAUAAAACAGAUGCAAAGAUGUUCAAACACCAAAUAUAAACCUUUUGCAAGCAAUCAAGUCUGCAUUAACCACACUUACUUGUGGUGAAUGAAAUAACUGACAACUGACACUUUGGUAAUUGAUAUUUGGCAGUCCAAAACAAUUACCUUCAAAUUAACUUAAUUGGGAUUAUGCAUCGCACUAUCGUCCCACUGCUGUGAAAGCUUGGAAGGGACCCUGAAAAAAAGUCUCGGUGUGCCUCACUGAGGCCUUCUUGGGUGGACAAACAUCGUCGUCGUAGUAAAUAAUAAUAAUCGCUCCUCCGAUGGUAUCAUGGUUGGCUAUGUGCGGUCCGAAAGAAUUUCAACAUACAACGACAAUCGCCAUUGGCCACUAAGUGGCGGUGACGUCACCACGGCGCUUGUGCCAGGCUACGUGCACUUUAAGGCGACGUGAAGUGUCGAAACUCCUGCUGGCAGGAGAUCAUGGGGACAGACACGGGUGCCACGGGUUGACUGAGAUGACUGGCACACAUUUACAGACAAUAACGGGAGAAGCAACACGUAUUGAUAUAUAACAAACAAAAAUCAAGCUCUCUUAAAAACGUGUUAAUAAGCUCUACAACGCCUGUACUGUCACAGGACGCCCAUGUAAUAGAGCCUAACAGCUUAUUGGGCCAUUCCUGCUGAAAUAAAUCAAAUCUAUCAGUCUAAAAACGCAGUGUUACGCAGCGUGUAAAUUGGGCUGCCACCUUGAAGCUCGCAAUAUCACGGUUUGGCCGACUGUGCCAGCUCAUGGCUGUGUGAUGACUUCAUUUGUGAAUGUAGGAGACUUGUGAAUGUCAAGAGAUGGAUCGUGGUGUGAACAAUAUGCCCUAUCACGUUCCAACGAGCUAGCCACCGCCUACAACAACAAUACCAAAACCGUUCAUUAUUGCACCCGUAAGCGGCCUGCUAGGUUUGAGACAUUUAAAAGGCUAAAACGUGUAUAAACAACUCAGAUUUAUGUACAUAGUAUUUGUUAUAUUUCGUAAAGCAUUUGUGAAGGAUGUACAUAACAUUACGAAUACUAUUUUUUGAUAAAAUGUAUAAUUGUAUGGUAGAUUAAUAUAAAGUAUCUUUAUAUAGUACAGCACUGAUGUAGUAGCUCAUAUUCGCCGCAAGAUGCUUAGGUAAUGAAGGAAAGGUUUUUGGGGGGGGGGUUUGUUUUUGGAAGUCCGGUGUUUUUGGUGUGGUUUGAAUAAAUUAAUGUAAUAAGG